GGCGUCGCAUUAUUUAAAGCAACAAACAAGGAAAGGCAAUACGGCAAAAGCAGCACAACUUUCCAACUUCACCAGUGUUUCUGUGCCGGGCAACUGACUUUCUUUGUCGAUUUGUCGCAACGUGCGGCAAACACCAAUAAAAGCUCUCAGCAGCCGAGUGGUGAGUCAUUCUUCAGAAGGGAUACGCACGAUAACAAAGCACGAUGCCGAGAGCGUUGAUGGUCAAACGCCAGAAAAAGUCUGUGCCCUUUUCUUACAGACCGAAACCUUCCACAUCCGAGGAUGACCGCAGUGACCGUAGUGACAGUGGCUCAGAAGUGGACAUUAUUCAAACAAAUUUCGGAUCACCCGAUUCUGGCUAUUCUAGAAGCCCGAUUUCACUGACAUUCAGAGACACCGUGGAUGGUAUAUUUGAAAAACACGACAGGGAAUCUGUGUAUUCGACACCAACAUCUUCGCCUGCGUCGUCAAUUCACAGCACCCCGACCUAUCACUCGCCGUUUUAUUUCUCUGGAUUUGACAGACUGAGCAUCUCAUCUCCAUUGUCAAUAUCUGCCCAGUCGUCACCUUACGACCGGCUGUACAGGGCCAGUCCUGGAGGCAGCACAGGUCUCUCAAGCCCGAACAAGAAGCGUAGCAGUCCGGACUGCGACAAACUCAAGUCGCCGAAGAAGCCCAAAGCAGCCAGAAAGAUCAACUUCGAUGAGGACAAAAGUUCGCCAGUCUCUGGGACAAUUAUCAAAGACUUUUCAGAUAGUGAGGAUGAGGGACAUGUCAGUGGGGAUAUUGACAGCAGUUUGAACUUUGUUGAAGUUACCCCUGAGGCGAAAGCUGAACUUGAAAAGAUCGAGAACAAAAUAGGUGAUUAUAACUGUCAACUUUGCAAGGAGCAUUUUGAGGACGCGUUUCAAUUGGCGCAGCAUCGCUGCUCGCGGAUUGUCCACGUUGAGUACAGGUGCCCAGAGUGCGACAAGGUCUUCAACUGCCCCGCCAACUUGGCCUCACAUCGACGCUGGCACAAGCCAAGGCAACAGGCCAGUCCCAAGUCCACACCGACAAAGAUCCUCUCCGCUGGCUCUCAGAUGAAUCACGGGAUGAUGUCAAGUUCCUUGAGUCCCGUGGGCAGCGUAAGCAACGAUUUGGCGGCGAUCAACAUGAGGAGAGAAUAUGAGCAGACGACUCUGGGAGACAUGCAGACGGAUUUACGGCUGUCGCCAACGGGAGGCUCACUGGACCUCAGAGGCUCCCCAAUGGAAUCUGAAGGACAAUUUGAAUGUGAGACAUGCGGAAAGCGGUUCAGAAGGCAGGCGUAUCUUCGUAAGCACAUGGCAGGACACAACGCAGACGAUGUUCCGUACCCCUGCCAAUACUGCGGAAAGAUUCUCCGGAGUGAGGCGGCACGAUCAAAACACGUCCUUCAGCAUACGAUAGCGACAAGGGAUUAUAUGUGCUCAGUGUGUGGUGACUGUUUCCCGAACAAAAUCACAUUGGAAAAGCACACACGAAUGCACACGAGCGAGAUAUUUGCUUGUAAGUAUUGCCCAAGUACAUUUUACAGUUCCCCCGGCCUCACACGGCAUAUUAACAAAUGUCAUCCCUCAGAGAAUAGACAGGUGAUUCUACUACAGAUGCCACUCAAUGCAGCGUGCUAACGUCCAUAGACUAUAGAAAAGACAAUUCAAUUGUGUAUAAAGGGUACAGUGCAAUAGAGCGUUUUUCUAUUGUUGAAUAGAUAGGUGAUGAGUAGAAGUGUCACCCCAAUGGUUUAGGCAAACGAGCAUGUCCACAAACUUCAAUGAAACAAAGCACUUCAGUAACACAUCGUUGUUUACACCUGCAUUAUGCGAUUUGUCGCCUUCAACUAAACUGUCUCAAAUUGGACCAUGUCCCAGUAUGAUUAUCACCUACUAUUUGCCUAAAAUGACACUGGCCCUAUUUUGUUGUAUUAUGUCCCUACACAUUCAUCCUAAGUGAAGUAUUUGUCCUUGUAAAGAAUAUUGCUCCCUCCGACCACGAUGCUACAUUCUGUUUUGUUUCAUUGAUGUUGUCUGACAAUGCAGUUGUCCAAACUUUCAUAUUGAUAAUGUGUUGAAGUUAUUGUCUUCAUAUCUAAAGUUCAAGGUUGUGCUAAUAGUCAAUACAGACAGAAGUCUGUAUCACAAUAUAUAAGGAAUAUUUAAAGGUAUUUAAAGAUCUCAAAAAUGAGACCAGUCAUUUAAGUCUGCCAAUGAAACUUUAUGUCUACAAUAAGUAUUUAUUUAUUAGAAUGGAACAGAUAUUUCCAAGUCAUGCAUUUAUGAUAUUAUGUCUAAAUUAUUUUCGUAAGAGUGUCUAUUUAUUUUUACACGGCGUACGUCUAUAUUAAUGGGUUGCAUUGUACCGAUAACUUGUUUGAAAGCAAGUGUUUCAUUUAGAUGCAUGCUGCCUCAACGUGGUUUCAAUGAGUCACCAAUUACCAGGGCUUCCUCCUAGCGGUAUUAUAAGACAACAAUUCGAAUUCAGGUAAAACUGGAUCGCGUACGCGUAUGACUAACGCUUCUAUUUAAUCUACAUUGCACGGUACGUCGCGCAGAAGAUUGGAAAAUUACACAAUUAUCUUUGAAACUCGGUGAAAAUGAUGGAAUCUCGUCUGGUCUUUGUUCUUCGACCUCCCCUUUGUCAGUCGUCUGCUUGUCAAGAUGCCUUCGCAGACGUUCCCUGCGGGCAGACGACUUUUAGAAUUCUAACGAUUUCUUGUCGGAGGGCUAAGUUGGAUUUGCAAGAAAAUCGCCAAACAAAGGGUUAUGACUAAUGCAACCGUCUGGGUGAUGUACCGGCGCGUGUGACCGCUUAAGGGGUAUUUAAAAUGGACCGCGUAUUGGCAUUGUCUUUGAGAAUGUCGUAAGCUUCAUUAACCCCAUCGUACCUCACAUCAAACGUUAUUACUCAGGAAGUUCACCAGAUAGAUAUCAGGGAUUUCCAAUUACACUGGCGAAAUUUCACUUAAUGUGAUUUUAAUUAAGAAACGAUUAUUCACAAGUAUUAUGCCAUAAAUACCAUUCUCUGAAAUAUUUCAACUACUGAUAGAUAAAUGGUCUUGACCAUCGUUAAAAAUGGUCUCGGUUAAUCAUCAUUUUAAAGGAGCUUAGCUAUUGUCAUCGAACACACCUCACCGCUCUGACCAAAGAAAAGUUUCGCAAUAUUGUUAGACUAAAUUGAUGAGUCACCUCUCAUGAGAGAUAAUUAAACAAUGGAUCCGCUGAGGUCUGCAUCACCACGUACAGCAUGCAUCAUCAGGUCACUGCAACCCAAUACUGUCAAUUGCUUUUAUUUAUUUUGUGUAAUUCCCAUAGGUUUGUGUCAGUCCUUGUAAAGUACUGUAAUGUUGUAAAGUAUGUGUCGGAAUUCUUUAAAACUACCAUGAUCUUUGGCAGUAUUCAGUAUCACAAAUUCAAUUGGAAUUCUUUAAACCUAUCAUCAUUUUUGGCACUACGACCACAUAUGAAAAGUCUGAAAUCACAAUAUAUAUCAACACACACUUUACACCAUCGGUACUCACGUGACUAGUCUCGUUGUUAUUUUUAAGUUGUUCGAGUAUUUAGGUUUCGUUGUUGUGCAAAGUGUCGAUAUUUCAAAGAAAUCAUCUCGUUCUUGAAUAUAUGCAUUCGUUUUCUAGAACUACAUGAUGACUUCCCUUAGUUCCUCAAAUUCGAUUUUUGAUACACAUGACGAUAAUUGCCGUGGUAUAGUACCAUCGCGCAUAAGCAGAUCUGCUAUUUCACAAUUUCACAAUUUCACAAAUCUCCUUCUCAACAUAAAACAGUUUCAUAACGACAACAGUUUUCAUUGCUGUGGUUCAUUUUACCGAUUUCAUAAUAAAAAAGGCAGUAAAUGCUUCCGGUCGUUUAUUGAAUAUUGAAAGUUUAGUGUAACAUGCUACGUGUGGAUUCCAAUACUGGGAUAAUUUUACACAUCCCGAACUAAAACGAAGAAAAUCUGCAAUUUGGUUUUACAAUGUGUUUAGUAAAGGAAUUAUCAUCUUGACUUACUUAUCGAUCUCUUCGCUUUGCACUUACAACAUAUAUAUAUGUUCUAUUUAUUUAUUUAUUUUUACACACAUACACAACUCUUACGUCAGAGGCAAUAUUCAAAUGUCUAUAAAUAUAUUUUCAUACAGAUAUCUUCAUGACAAGCAAAAGCUGAUGGUUGCCAAUAAACUCAUUCCAUACAAAGAUACGCAUAACAAAAUUUGAGAAUUUCAGCACAAAACUGAGAAGGAUUUUUAUUGGUAUAUUAUCUUGCGAUAUCUUCUUACCAUCGAAUUCCCACCUUUUUUUCACAUCUUUUUAUAUCCUAAAUAAUGAUACUCAUCUCAUGGUCGUAACGUCACAAUGUGAUUUACGGAUUCGAAACAAGCAGGAAACUGAAAUAAUCCAGUCGAGUUAUUUCUAUAAGUUUACACCGUACCAGACUAAACAAAUUAUAAAUCAAUUCUUCAUACUGAGUAAUCGAUAAGCAACUGUUAGUGAUUGAUUUAGUUGGCUUCCAUCAGCACUCAAACAUCGUCUGCUCGGGCUAUUGAUCGCGUAAUUGUUAUCAAUGUGCUGCUAUGAAGUUGCGUAAAGAGACGCCGGUUCCGGCUCUUUGCUGUUAAAGGACCAUUGGUAUUAUUAAGGGUAAUAUUACUCAGCUGUCGGCUGCCCAGUCACCUCCUAUUCUACAUAUUAGUAGUUUCCAUCAACAAAUUGCACAAAAAAAGUAAAAAUUCAAAAUCCGACUGAAUUGUCACGCUUUUCCGAUAUUGACUCAGAUUUGACCCGAGUUAGCUCUCCGUGCGUCGAUUAUUUCCAUGUGGGACGAUGUACUAAUAAGGUGCUUCCUGGAGCCAUGGAUCUACCCCUUGACGUCCUGGUGUAGAUAUCCUUUUUUACCGACGUCACGCUGAUGGCGCUUGAUUAAAGCCUAAUUCCUAUUGGUAUAUAUCCCUUGCGACAUUGACGCGUGUUAUUAUUAUAUAUUUGACUUACUAUUAUGUAAAGAUUGGUAUAAAAGAGUAUUUACAUUUCGCUCAGAGACUGUCUAUUUUGUAUGCGAGAUCUGUUUCAAGUCCAGUAACACAUAAUCUGUGUACAUUGUUUUGUAUCCAAUUGUAAAUGAUAAAGUAUUUUGCCAAGGGGAUCAACUUUGUAAUAUAACUUAAAGAUGACUAUUUUCUCUAUAUAUUCUUAUAGUGCAAUCAAAUGGUGCAAUCUUUGCAUGAUCAGUGUUGGUAUCAUCCUUCUUGGUCAAGGUACAUCAGUACAUACACUGUAUGUGUGUACAUGGACCUCAAAUCAAGUUAGGAGGACACGCAUACUGGCCAUGUUUUGCCUUUAUGUCUACAGUAUGCAUGACAUGUCCCUAUUGUCUCUAUACUUUCUACAUUCCCAUAUCUUACACGUGACGUGUGUAUGUACUUCAUAAUUACGCGUGUACACAUAUGUUUUCAAGCAUGCAAAUCUCUCAUAUUACGGUAACAACUUGAUUACUUGAUUUGAAGCAACAUUAAACGUGUUCCCCAUUAUUCUCCAUUCAACAACAAGAUUUUACAUUUUCCUUUCUGCGCAUGCCUGAAAACAAAUGCGUAACACAUUGUUUUGAACUCGCGUUGUUGCUUGCGUGCUUACGUAUGAGUUCACGCAUGCGUAUACCAAAGUGUACGCUAAAUCUGUAAACCGUGCAUGUACAUAGGUAUAUUUUUUCAAAUAAAGUGCAUUCCUCCGAGUUACAUUCCGAAAUUUAAAGCGUGUAAUCCGUCUCAUAUCUGUACUUUUCUGCAUCUAACUUUUUGAGGAGUGAUUUUCAAAAUGGUUGAAACUUUUCAAAGAGUUUGGAUAUUUUUGUAACAGUUACUCUUCCAACGAUCUCAUUGUUUCCUUGUUCACACAGAACAACUUUCUGGUCAUCUGACCAGCAAACGCUUGCACUCACAGACCAAUAAUGUUUCGUUAUAACGUCCGAUGACUCACUGUUAUCCUAGAGGGUCCAUUCCAGUCCUGGACUAACUUAGUCAAUUUUCAGCAAGCUAAUUCGAUCGAUUAAUUAAGGUACCAGUAGAUAAAGACAUUCCGGGACGGUGAUAUCACCCUACUAGCCAUUGUGUGACGUCACGCAGGCUACAGAUAUGACUAAUUUAUUGUCAGUCCACUUUGUAACAGCAGAGGAGAGGCAAAUGGACGCUUUAUCCUCACCUUUGAUACUGGUGAAAUAUUUUGGUCUUGUGGCAUUUGCUAAGAUGUUUGGCCACCAUGAAAACUCAAUCUUCUGCCAAUAGUGACACCACAUGACUUGCUCGAAGUUACCAAAGAAUCUUCGUUAGACCAAUGUGAAACAGCGCUUUCUUCCAAUAAUGCCACAAUGUGAGUUUGCCAACAGAACGACUUUCCUCUUUCUUUAAAUGCAAUAUAAACUGUCUUCUUUAGUCUUCUUAUUAUAGAGUACAAAAGUCAUCCCUGUGAUCGUUCGCACUGUCACAAACCAGAUCAACAACACUCCCCAAUCACUCGAGAAUGUUCUUAUAAUCACAACAUAACACUAUUUCAUUAAGCACCCUGGUAUCGAUGCUCUCGAAAUGAUCAAUUGGUUGCAUCUGGCAAAAACAUAACAAAUCAAUGCUUUGGCGAAAAUUGCAUCAGAAGUGAACAAUGGCAUUCUGAGUGCCUAUCAUUGCCAGCAUUUUCUGUAACAUUCCCUCGAUGUACGCGUGUAACAUUUGUGUAAUCAAUUCCAUUAAAAAUUUACCAUUCUUUUUUUCUAAUUAAAAUUCCCGUUUUAAACUCGUAUCAGAGUCGAAUAUCCGUACCUCAAACCUUCCCUCUCAGAGCUCAACCUGUCUUGACAUCUUUACAAUCUGUUUAUAUUUCUUUUCAGUAGAUGUAUAUUCAUACACUAGGUAACAUAUUCCAAGCAAUACACACGCGUAUCACGGCAUUUUCCUCUCGUCAAAAGUACACUGCAGUUUUACAUUUUUUUCUUGCCCAUCACUCCAACACCUAGGCUUCCCAUCUAUCUGUCCACAUGUAUACAUUCCAGUUACAAUAGAGUUUCUAACACGAAACUGGAUAGGUUUUUGAAUAUUACCUUUGUAAUAGCUACAAUGUAUAAAGCAUCCAUUCAUGCGGUUAUUUUCUCAGAUAAACUCACUUUUCGAGGAAAAAUAUGCGCCACUUUUGAGAUUUUGUUAACUGUGGUCCUAAAAUGACAAACUUCUUACGUGUUCCAAACGAAUUCCAUCAAUGUUCAUUACUCCAAGCUUUGUUUUUCAUGAGAAACGCCUUUGUAUCUCUGAUGCCCAUAGGCUACACGUCCAACGUAUUUUUGUAAGUGCGUGUUGAAAUAUAAUGAAAUAACUCGUGAUAAUAAUAUUGUAAAUAGUUCAACUUUCCAAGCGAAUGAUGUUUCUUCCCCUGUGACAUUAAAAGGUUGUAAAAUAUCUGUAUAGAUCUAAUUUUGUGGAGGAUCAAGCCCGGCUGAUAUAUAUUUUUUAAUUGUUGUAAGAGUAAAAUAACUUAACCUUUGAAGACUUCGAUGACUCUGGGAAAACGAAAGACACCCGAUCAUGACAACCUUUUCUGUAAAUUUAUUUGUCAAAUGUUCAUUUUCUGAAAUGAUGAAGAAAAAAAAUUGAAUUUCUGAUUUUAAAUCUUCUCUGAGAUUCAAAGUCGUCCAAAGGUUAAGUAAAACAUUGUACUUCCAGGUGUGUCCGAUAUAUUGAUAUGCUGAUGGUGUAUAUUUAUGAAAAGGUUGACCUUUUCCCCACUCCCCAACUUCUUGUGCCCCAAAUUUCACUAAGGGAUUCCCUGUUUCAAAUAACGAAAAGUCUAAGGAUGACUGUCAAAUCAAUGUAUGAACAUUUAUCGACAAUGAAAUAAAA